AGACUGGAGACCUUCUCGUCCCGGCCCAGCUGCAAGACCCCCGGGAUGCUCUGGGCAUGGCCUCUGGAGCCCUACAGAAGAGCAGCCCGAUGGCUUGUGAUGCAACAGAGACCUUGGGCUUCCUAGACACGCUCCUGCGAGACUUCCCAGCCCCGCUGGGCCCAGAGAGCCCUUUGCCAUGGAAGGCCCCGGGGACCAUGCUCAGCCAGGACGAGGUGGAAGCCGAGCUGACCGAGCUGGCCAUGGGUUUCCUGAGCAGCAGGAAUGCGCCGCCACCUCUUGCCGCGUCUCUGGCCCACGCAGCAGUCUCCCAGCUGCUACAGACAGACCUUUCAGAAUUCAGGAAGGUGCCCAGGCAGGAGGAGGAGGAGGACGAUGAAGACGAUGAGGAAGAGAAGGCCCCUGUGACCUUGCUGGAUGCCCAAGGCCUGGCACGGAGUUUCUUUAACCGGCUCUGGGAAGUUGCCAGCCAGUGGCAGAAGCAGAUGCCAUUGAGAGCCCAGAUCCCACAGCAGCAGUGGCUGGUCUCUAUCCACGCCAUCCGGAACACUCGCCGCAAGAUGGAGGACCGGCACGUGUUCCUUCCUGCCUUCAACCAGCUCUUUGGCUUGUCUGACCCUGUGGACCGUGCAUACUUUGCUGUGUUUGAUGGUCAUGGAGGCGUGGACGCUGCAAGGUAUGCUGCCAUCCAUGUGCACGCAAAUGCCGCCCGCCAGCCAGAGCUGCCCACAGAUCCCACAGGAGCCCUCUGUGAAGCCUUCCGGCAUACUGACAAGAUGUUUCUCAGGAAAGCCAAGCGAGAGCGGCUGCAGAGUGGCACCACGGGCGUAUGCGCACUUAUCACAGGAGCGACCCUGCACAUUGCCUGGCUCGGGGACUCCCAGGUCAUUCUGGUACAGAAGGGACAGGUGGUGAAGCUGAUGGAGCCACACAGGCCCGAGCGGCAGGAUGAGAAGGCACGCAUUGAAGCGCUGGGUGGCUUUGUGUCUCACAUGGACUGCUGGCGAGUCAAUGGGACCCUGGCUGUCUCCAGAGCCAUUGGGGAUGUCUUCCAGAAGCCCUACGUGUCCGGGGAGGCAGACGCAGCCUCCUGGGAGCUGACAGGCUCUGAAGACUACCUGCUGCUUGCCUGUGAUGGCUUCUUUGAUGUCGUCCCCCACAAGGAAGUCGCUGGUCUCGUCCAGAGCCACCUGAUCAGGCAGCAGGGCAGUGGGCUCCACGUUGCCGAGGAGCUGGUGACCGCGGCCCGGGAACGGGGCUCCCAUGACAACAUCACGGUCAUGGUGGUCUUUCUCAGGGACCCCCGAGAGCUGCUAGAGAGUAGGAUCCAGGGGACAGGGGACUCCCUGGACUUGCCCUGUGGCCUCCCACAGCCUGAGACCGAUGCUCCACAGAGAAGUUAGGGGACCCAGGGCCCCCACCCAUCCCCUCCUCCCACCCUUGUCAUUUUCUCCCCAGAGGCCUCAGGACCCAGCAGGCGGCAG